AUGGGAAGCAUGCAAACGCAAACUGGAAAUCAAGACAAGCAACAGCCUGUUCAAGUGAAAGCUUCUCCACAAACCCAGUUGAAAAAAGUUGAUGAGUUGUUGAAAGAUUAUGAGGCCGUCAUUGGGAUAGUGACCGAUUUUGAUGUUCCAAAUGCAACUAGUGGUGAUAUUAAUGUGGAUCUUCCGGUUCAGUUCGGUGGGGGUCACAGAAAGUUUGGCAUUACUAGAGUUCACAUGGAAGAGGAUGCUGGGAAAUUAUACUGGCACUGGGAGUUAUUCUCAGGCAAUUCAUCUGUCUGUUUAAAAGAGCACUUGGUUUGA